CCCUUCUGCCACCUGCACCGUUAAAGACGCGUCUCUCUCGUUGCUGCUAGAAAGCUUCUAUUCGUUUUCUAUCCCUUACUUCGCUCCAAUGGCUGCCACUACCGUUGACGACGUUUUCUCCGCGCCUUCCUCGACACCUUCUAAGAAAGUUGCUGCUUCGCUUGAAGCUAUGGAACUUAAGACACCUGCCAAGCAUUCGAAGAAGGAGAUUGAAUGUCCCAUCCUCGAUGAUGAGGAAAAAUCCCAGUCUCCUGAUACCCUGGCAGACGCAGAGGAGGAAGUCGAAGACUACCGUCGGCGCUUUGUUGGUGACGUCGACCUUCCGGAAGACCAGGAACCCCUCUUGGUGGAAUCGAAGCGUCGUUUCGUGCUUUUCCCUAUCCAGUACCAUGAGAUCUGGCAAAUGUACAAGAAGGCAGAGGCGUCAUUCUGGACCGCCGAGGAAAUGGAUCUUUCGAAGGACCAGCAUGACUGGCAAAACAAGCUCAAUGACAACGAGCGUCACUUCAUUAGCCAUGUACUUGCCUUCUUCGCCGCAUCCGAUGGUAUCGUAAAUGAGAACCUGGUUGAGAGGUUUAGCAACGAAGUGCAGGCAGCCGAGGCUCGAUGCUUUUAUGGCUUCCAGAUCAUGAUGGAGAAUAUCCACUCGGAGACCUAUUCUCUAUUGAUCGACACGUACAUAAAGGAUCCGGUUCAGCGCGAGUAUCUCUUCGAUGCGGUUGAGACGAUUCCCUGCAUCAAGAGGAAAGCUGACUGGGCGCUUCAUUGGAUCUCGGACAAACGUUCAACAUUUGGCGAGCGUCUGGUAGCAUUUGCGGCAGUGGAAGGCAUCUUCUUCUCUGGCGCCUUCGCGUCGAUCUUUUGGCUGAAGAAGCGCGGACUCAUGCCGGGUCUGACCUUCAGCAAUGAGCUCAUCAGCCGAGAUGAGGGGAUGCAUACUGACUUUGCGUGCCUGCUCUUCAGCCACCUUCGUCGGAGGCCUCAUCCAGACACUGUCAAGAAAAUUAUCACCGAUGCCGUGAAGAUCGAGCAGGAGUUCCUGACGGAUGCUCUUCCUGUCAGCCUGAUCGGCAUGAACGCGAAGCUUAUGUGCCAAUACAUUGAGUUUGUUGCCGAUCGACUGCUAACCGCACUCGGAAAUGAAAAAGUGUACAACUCGACAAAUCCAUUCGACUUCAUGGACAUGAUCUCGCUUCAGGGCAAGACGAACUUCUUCGAGAAGCGCGUCUCGGAUUACGCGAAGGCUGGCGUGAACGUGAGCGCGUCUUCGAAGACGAAAGCGGAAGGAGGGUCAAGUAAAGUCUUUACUGUCGAUGAAGACUUCUGAACAUUUGGUUUCCUUCCCCUUUUAAUAGAUUGUUAUAUGACUAUUCUUAAUGCUCUGUAUUACCUCGUCUACAAUCCCGGCCUCGCAACUGUACCUCAUGUUUAUCCAUCCCCGCCCCGUUAUUUCCUCUUUCACUAUUUCCAUUGCCAUAUCCCCUAGCUCUAUCUCUUGUUUUGUCUUCAGUCUUAUUCUG